AUGGUGAUCUACCCUGGUUACCAUGGUUAUCUACCUCGGUUAACAUUGAGCCAGCUUUGUGAUACCAGAAAACCUGAGGCCCCUGCUCAGUGCACUGCCGCUGUUAGUAAUGCUGAGUCAAUUACCACUGCGGGUGCUGAGCCUAAGAAUGGGCCAGAAGUGCAUGUGAAGGCAGGGACAUGUGAGGUGAUUGCUGCCCAUCGCUGCUGUAACAAGAACAAGAUUGAAGAGAGAUCUCAGACUGUCAAAUGUUCCUGCUUCCCUGGACAGGUUGCUGGCACCACUCGGGCCAUGCCCUCCUGUGUUGAUGCCUCCAUUGUAGCCCAGAAGUGGUGGUGUCAGAUGCAGCCAUGUAUGGACGGUGAGGAGUGUAAGGUUCUCCCAGACCUCACAGGAUGGAGCUGCAGCACAGGCAACAAAGUCAAGACUACAAAGGACACCCAAGAAAUGGCGGCUGAGGAGACAGGACUCUAA